AUGGCGGGGCGAACAUAUGACGAAGCUAUCUCGUCGCUGAAUACUUUACAGUCAAACUUUGCGAUCGUCAAUGCGUUCAGACAGUCAGGUGGAGCUAAGAACCGAUAUGCCAUCCCGGAAAUGAUUGAGUGGUGUCGGAAGAUUGGCUAUGAGCCAUCCGACUUCAACCGUCUAAACCUCAUACAUAUCGCAGGCACAAAAGGCAAAGGCUCAACAUCAGCAUUCAUCUCCUCCAUUCUUAACCAGUACAUUGGCGGCACCGACCAAGCAACAGUCCAUAAAGUCGGCCUGUACACAUCCCCACACUUACGAUUUGCGCGCGAACGAAUAAAAAUAAACGACGAGCCGUUGACAGAGGCUCAAUUCGCCAGAUACUUCUUCGAAGUCUGGGAUCGUCUAGAGCAAUCCGCAAAAGCCGCGGGCCAUCAAAACCCUUCAAGUCCAGAGACGAAACCCGUUUAUUUCCGAUACUUGACGCUCAUGGCGCUACAUGCUUAUUUGAGUGAGGGUGUUGAUGCGGCUGUUAUUGAGUGUGGGAUUGGUGGUGAAUAUGAUUCGACGAAUAUCAUUGAUCAACCGGUUGUGUCGGGGAUAACCAGUUUGGGGAUUGAUCAUGUGGCUAUGUUGGGAUCUACGAUUGAGGAGAUUGCGUGGCAUAAGGGGGGUAUAAUUAAGACAGGGGCAAGGGCUUUUACGGGGCCUCAACCUGAGACUGCGUUGGAGGUUUUGCGGAAAAGAGCGGAGGAGAAGAAGACGGAGCUUACUGUCGCUCAGGGCCAGCCGGAAUUGAAAAAGGGUAGCUCGUUGAAGUUGGGGUUGGACGGUGAUUUUCAAUAUACGAAUGCGAAUAUAGCUGUCGGGGUCGCUGCUGAAUUUUUGAGGCAGCGUGGCGAACAGGAUAUUCCUGCUGAUAUAUUCAGCUCACCGCUACCGGAGAAAUUCCGGACUGGAUUAGAGAAAACCAGGCUGGGCGGUCGUUGUGAGACCCACCAAGAGAAGACUGUCUCUUGGUACAUCGACGGCGGACACACGCUCGAAAGUAUUCGCGUCGCCGGAGAAUGGUUCGCAUCGAAAUUAGUCGAUGAUUCCGAGAGUCAACGACCACGAGUCCUCAUCUUCAACCAACAGACACGAGACAGUGUAGCGCUAGCACGAGCGCUACAUCAGACUCUAGCCGAAGUUCUUGGUUCUGCACAGCCCUUUACUCACGCUAUAUUCUGUACGAAUGUCACAUACAAAAAUGCGGGUUACAGACCUGAUCUUGUCAGCGUCAAUGCCAAUGCGUCUGAAGUCGAGAAGCUGAGCGUUCAGCACACGCUCGCCGAGUCAUGGAAGGAAAUUGACCCAAAGGCUGCGCCUUUGGUCUUUUCUACGAUUGAGGAAGCAGUUGACUUUGUGCGUGAUCUUUCGAAGAAGAGCUAUGAUGGAACACCUGUCAAAACUUUGGUGACUGGUAGCUUGCAUCUUGUGGGUGGUUUCCUGGAUGUUAUUGAGACAAAGCCGAGGGAGACCGUGGUAUAA